AAUACAUGUAUAAAAAACCCUAAUAUCAAGACUUAUAAGUUCUAGGGUUUCUCCUCUCAGUGACAAGACCAAGCAGCAGCAGAAGCCUAUCAGAAGCAAGCAAAAAUGCCUUCACACAAGACAUUUAGGAUCAAGAAGAAACUAGCAAAGAAGAUGAGGCAAAACAGGCCCAUCCCUCAUUGGAUUCGCAUGAGAACAGACAACACUAUCAGGUACAACGCCAAACGCAGGCACUGGAGAAGGACUAAGCUUGGAUUCUGAGGUGUUUUGGGUACUUGGAAUAUUGGAUUUUUGUUAUUGUUUUUUGGGUUUUAAUGAGUUGCAGAAUUCAUUGAGGAGAGAAUUGUAGUUGAUAUUGCUUUGUAAGGAACUCAUGAGAGUACCAAUCGAGAAAUCUUGCUAUGUUUGAAGUGUUGACUUUUGAUCAAUUCUCAAUUUGAUGUAACUCGCUAGUUUUUGGUAUGCA